AUGUCUCCGGCGAGCUAUGACCCUCUACAAAAGGAGGACCUACAUGACUUCACAGUAUGGGACGAGAUGGAAAGGAAGCAGCUUUUGGGAUCAACGGCCAGGAGGUGCUUCGAAUGCUUCAGCUUCGGACGUGUAGGCUGGCUGUGGGCGCUUGUGACAUUUGCGUUUUGCAUCUACGGUGCUGUAUGUCCCAAUGUAGAUCUAGUCGGCAUCUAUGGAGAGAAGGCAGCCCGCAUGGUGGCCCUGAUGCUGGGCUUGUCCACCUUGUGUUCCAUGAACGCAACAAAGGAAGCUGCACGCCUUCUGGAAAGCAAGGAAUUUGGACAGCUGUUGAGCAACUACGAGACUCGCACAGCUCAAGAAGACGGUCAUCACGUGCGCCAAGGCAUAAUAUGCAUAGUUUUCGGCCUCGUGACUGGUAUCUUACUUUGGCCCGCGAUCGGAUCAGACAAGAGUUACCUCGCGGUAUGGCUUGCAUUGCUAGAUUGGAUGACGAUUUAUUCACUUGGCUACAAACAUGUCCUGGUCUCGGUAAAAAAAUUGAGCAAGUGCCUUGUGCAGAAGUUGGUCGACGACAUGCAUGAUGGUCCGCAGGGAUGGAAGGGCACCGGCAAGUUCUGGCAGGAUAUGACAGAGAAACACAAGGAUAUGGACCGCAAGCUUGAGAGUGCCUGGACUCUUGCCAGCUGGGUUUUUGCACCCGAGGUGGCUUCCUUGGGGCUUUUCGCUAUGAUGGCUUUGGUGGCUUGCUUGUCUUCAGCUGUCAACAGCACGAAUGGUCUUCUGGCUCUUGCCAGUUUGCUUGGUGUAGUCCCGCCGCUGUAUAGCUUCGGAACAAAACUGCAGGAAAUGGCCAACAUCACAAACAUGUGUAUGUCAACAGCUUCUACAGUCUACAGAUUCUACAAGCAAAGACCAAAGCAUCAUGUGGUUAGCAAUAUCACAGUCCGGCCAUAG